AUGGCUUUUCCCAAGCUUUUCUUCAUUUCGUCUUUGCUAGUGGUGAUUUUGUCAGCCUCAAGCACCCAAAUGAUUCAUGCAGCUCGCCACCUUUUGGACACACCAGCAGCAGCUCCACCCCCAACACUGGCAAUCCCUACAAUCCCCUCUCUGCCAAAUCCCACUCAGCUGCCUCCAUUGCCUUCACUACCAACACUUCCCAAGCCCUCAAACACCUUACCUACACUUCCAACUGCCCCAACUCUGCCCAAGACCACAUUGCCUCCACUUCCCUCAAUCACAUUGCCUACGCUUCCAACUGCUCCAACUCUGCCAAAGCCGGCCACGUUGCCACCGUUGCCCUCUACCCAAUUGCCUACUCUCCCAACUACUCUGCCCCCAUUGCCAACCUCCCUACCCCAAAUCCCAUCUUUGCCAAAAUCCACAUUGCCUACGGUGCCCACAACCCUCCCGCCAUUGCCAUCAUUCCCCUCAACAAUCCCUUCAAUCCCCACCAUUCCAACAACAAUUCCAUCGAUUCCAUUCUUCUCCCCACCCCCAUCAAAUUAA